AUGAACGAUCAAGGCGAAGUGGCGGUGGUAAUCGAGUAUGACGACACCAGGGAUCCUCAUAUAACUUUGUACGCCCCAAUACCCUCGAUUCAGAAUGAACAGACUAUUCCUACUCUCUAUCUCUCUGCAUGUGAUAAUGUUUUUCCUUACUUACAGUCUCUGUACACUAAAGACGCCUCGAAUACCUCGAGCGCAUCCACCGAUGCUGCAACUUGGGCUUCGAGCUUUCUAGCAGCCGCUGAUUUCCCGAUUCCCGAGUCUCGGCCAGUAGUUCCUCAUAGUAUCUCUGUUUCCUCACAAGCACCUAGUGCAACCUCAAAAUCGUCAUUUUCUCCUUCUGUUUCGCCUUACGAUAUUUCGUCGAUUUCUUCUCCGAACCUCGUAAAUGCCCCGAUAAAAUCCCAGAACUCCUACGAUACCGUUUCGUUUGAUUUGGACUUACCAGAAUUGAUGCCCGUAGAUGACGACAGCAACAAUGAAGACAAAGAACCGAUAUACGAAUCAUUUGCAGGCACAAAGAAGAAGUAUAAACCAGUGGCCUUGAAGACUCGGCCAGUCCUCGAGGCCGUCAACAAACAGUUUCAUAUUUGUCGCGACAUCAAGGGCGAUCCCCUGGAGACUAUGCCGACACUCUCGAAGCACCCGCCACCGUUCAUGCCUACCGGCCGAUACACCGAGGAGCGGAAACAAAUGUCCGACAAAUUGCACGGCGGGGACUUUCUUCUGCUGGCCGAGCGCGAGCUCAUCCAUCACUUCAUGUCACUACACAACGACGCCUUCGCGUGGACCGAUAAUGAGAGAGGCUGUUUUAAACCAGCUUACUUCCCCCCAGUCGAGAUUCCAGUGGUUCCGCACACGCCUUGGGUCCAACAGAACAUCCCGAUUCCUCCCGGACUAUACAACGAGGUCUGCACACAGGUGAAGCGAAAGCUCGACACAGGGGAUGGUAAAGUACUUCGCAUUGUUCACAGUCUCAAACCCCUUAACGCAGUCAUAAUUCAACAUUCGGGAGUUCCUCCGACACCCGAACAUCUCACCAAACAGUUUGGCGGCCGACCCUGCGGGGGAAUGCUUGACCUGUUCGUAGGCUAUGACGAACACCUUAUAGCGGAGAAAUCGAGAGACCUCACCACGUUUCAGUUGCCAUACAGUGCGCUUUGCCUACGAAUGUUGCCAAUGGGCUGGACAAACUCAGUUCCAAUCUUCUAUAAAGACGUCACUUACAUCCUGCAGCCCGAGAUUCCCAAAAUUACGAUCCCGUACAUCGACGAUGUUCCAAUCAAAGGCCCUGAGACGGAUUACGGAGGCAAACGACUCCUCGAGAACAACGGGAUUCAUUGA